AUAUUUUAAACACAUGGUUUUUGAAUCCAAUAUAACCUUACUAUACAAAAAUGUCAGAAUCUGAAAGCAACGACGACGAUGUACCUCAAUUAUCCGCUGAAACGUUCGCAGCUUUACAAGAAUUUUAUAAAGAACAAGAGGAAAGAGAAAAUACUUCUAACAUAACUGAUAUCGAAAUAGUUUCUUUUCAAGAAGAUUGGCAAUUAAGUCAGUUUUGGUACGACGAUAAUACGAUAGAUAUUUUGGUAAAAAUUGCACUAAAUGCGGUACAUCAUUCCGGGAAGAUAGCGUUAGUAUCAUGUCCAUCAUUAUAUAAAAAAAUGAAACAGGUAGCAGAAAAAGAUUGUGAAAUUACACUUUUUGAAUAUGACAGAAGAUUCUCAGCUUAUGGAAAUGAUUAUAUAUUCUAUGAUUACAAAUCACCUUUAAGUAUACCUAGAGAAAAAUCAAAUUAUUAUGAUCUAGUACUAGCAGAUCCACCUUUUUUAUCUGAUGAAUGUCUUACAAAAACUGCAGUCACUAUCAAAUUUUUGACUAAAAAUAAAAUAGUUCUGUGUACAGGGGCCAUUGUGGAGGACACAUUCCUGAGCCAGGUCCAGAAAGUGCCUUCCAAAAUGGCCUCUGCAGCUUAGUAUACAUUAAAAACGCUUUUAGGUUCUAUUAUGGAAGAUAUGACUAAAAGACUUUUAAAUCUAAAGAAAAAUAAAUUUGAACCCAAGCAUAAAAACAAUUUAGCAAAUGAAUUCUCAUGUUAUUCAAAUUUUGAUAUAGAACCAUUUUUGUAGUAGCUGAAAUAAAAGGAUUCAAAAAUAAAACAAUAUA